AUGAAUCCUUCUUUAUAUGUAACAACAGCAGUAGUCACUCAACCCUCUGAAUGGAUACAAGUACGUGCUUAUGCCAAAAAGACUAACAAUAAGAAAAAGAACGUAGCCUCUUCUACAGGCAAUGAUACGACUGAACCUUCUGCCAUGUUAUUUGAUGAAAAGGCAAUCGAAGUCAAGUUCAACCAUGUGAUUCAUACGUUGCAGGAACAAUUCAAUACUCUUCGUGUAGGUCGAGCUAAUCCAGCCUUGUUAGAUACAGUUCGAGUAAAUAUUGAAGACACCAAUUUCCCUCUACGUGACUUGGCACAAGUAACCAUCCGGGACCCACAGACUCUAUUGGUGUCUGUUCAUGAUACUGAGUAUCAAACAGCAGUCGACAAAAGUAUCCGAGAAGCAGGUUUGAACUUAAAUCCCGUGAUCGAUAGUAAAUUCAUUCGAGUUCCUAUUCCAAAGCCUACUAAGGAAUCAAGAGAAAAGAUGGCCAAAGUGGCAAGUCAAACAGCCGAACAGAUCAAGUCACGAGUGCGUCUUGUACGUCAGGAUGGCAUGAAACAAUUAAAAACAGAUGCCAAAACUCAAUCCAAGGAUGAUAUCAAAAAGAUGGAAAAAUUGGUACAAACCCUGACGGAUAAAUACAACAAGCAAGUGGAUGAUAUGUUGAAAUCAAAGUUAAAAGAAAUCCAAUCUUAA